UAGCCAUGGGGGACACCUUCAUCCGUCACAUCGCCCUGCUGGGCUUCGAGAAGCGUUUUGUCCCCAGCCAACACUAUGUAUACAUGUUCCUGGUAAAGUGGCAGGACUUGUCAGAGAAGGUGGUCUACAGGCGAUUCACCGAGAUCUACGAGUUUCACAAAAUGUUAAAGGAAAUGUUUCCGAUCGAGGCGGGAGACAUCAACGCAGAGAACCGGAUCAUCCCAUACCUCCCUGCACCCAGGUGGUUUGAUGGGCAGCGGGUGGCUGAGAGUCGCCAGGGCACCCUCACCGAGUACUUCAACACCCUCAUGGGGCUGCCCGUGAAGAUCUCCCGCUGCCAGCACCUGCUGAACUUCUUCAAGGUGCGCCCCGACGACCUCAAGCUUCCCACCGACAACCAGGCGAAAAAACCCGAGACAUACCUGGUGCCCAAAAAUGGCAAGAACAAUGUAGCUGACAUCACGGGCCCCAUCAUCCUGCAGACGUACCGUGCCAUCGCUGACUACGCCAAGAGCUCAGGCACCGAGAUGGCCGUGAACACUGGCGACGUGGUGGACGUGGUGGAGAAAAGCGAGAGCGGUUGGUGGUUUUGUCAAAUGAAGACAAAGCGAGGUUGGGUCCCUGCAUCCUACUUGGAGCCCCUGGACAGUCCUGAUGAGGCUGAGGACCCAGAGCCCAACUAUGCAGGUGAGCUGUAUGUCACCAUCAAAGCCUACACUGCUGUGGAGGACGAUGAAGUGUCUCUGACGGAGGGGGAAGCCAUCGACGUCAUUCAUAAGCUUCUGGACGGCUGGUGGGUGGUCAGGAAAGGAGACGUCACAGGCUACUUCCCAUCCAUGUACCUGCAGAAGUCUGGGCAGGAUGUGACCCAGGCCCAACGCCAGAUCAGGGGCCGGGGGGCACCGCCUCGCAGGUCGAGCAUCCGCAACGCGCAGAGCAUCCACCAGCGGUCGCGGAGACGCCUCAGCCAGGACGCCUACCGCCGCAACAGCGUGCGCUUCCUGCAGCAGCGCCGCGGAGCGCCGGCGCCGGGACCGCAGAGCCCAGGGAGUGAGUCCCGGGCCGGGGCGGGGCCUUAACUUGGAGGUCCCGGCCUUGAGGGAGGAGCGAAUCCGCCCAGGCCUCAGCCGGCCGUGCCCCCGCGGCCCAGCGCGGACCUCAUCCUGCACCGCUGCAGCGACAGCACCAAGAGGAAGCUGGCGUCCGCCGUCUGAGCCCCUGCCCCUCGCUCGCCCUGUACAUACGUGUAGAUAGCCCGGGGUCAGCGUCUCGGCCUCACCCCCACCGAGCCCACCCCCUGACAUCCUCAAUAAAUGUCGUUCGAAUUGACA